AUGUCAUCCUCUCCUCAUAAUGCCACCAGCAAUGCAUCCAGCGUGCGGUGGCAGUUUAUCGACUCUUCAAACAAUAGCCGAUCCAACUUAACCCAAGUCAAGCGCCAUGUUAUGCAAGAAUAUAUGCGCCAAAAGAAAGGAGGCACUCGCCAAAGUGAAAGCGAAGAGGAGCAACCACGAGCAAAACGUGGGAGACCCAAGAAGACUCGGGCUGCGAUACGAAAGCCAGAGAAGAAAGUGAAAUCAGACGACAACAAUGGCGGCCGACUGCGAGCAAGGAGAUCAACGAGAAAUCAAGCUACACAGAAAGAAGAUCUCAUUGUCGCAGUUAACCGUGAUAUGUUUGGUUCGAAUCCUAUCUCGUAUGCUUCGUUGAGUGAAUCCGCUCAUAUGCCCUCUUUUUCCCCUUUUCGACCAUCUUCUACCCAAUCUCACGAUACUGCUCUUCCAUUGGAUGGCUUUGUGGACGUACAUUCACAGAGUCCUCCGACCCAUGAUCUAUAUUUUAACAAUAUCUCAUGGUCAACACCCUCCACGGCACCAUAUCAGUUCAUGCCAUCACCAAGUACUAUGGUGAGGGAUGCACCAAUCGACCCAUUCGACACACUGUCAGAGUUGGGUCGAGAUGGACACAAGGUGUUUGACCCCUAUGUGAAUGAUAUUGCAGCCUGCUCUUAUGGGCCCCAUUACCGGUCACCCGGGGCCAACGGUUAUACGUCAGAUUUUGCUCCUGAGACAAUAAAAGGGGAAGCUCAACAUAUUCUUCACAGAGAUAGUGCUGUCUCCAUGCUGCGCGAGCACAGUCCUGGCGUGCCCAAUGACAUCUCCGAUGCUGCAAUCAUUUCCUGUCUGAAUGCCGCAGCCUUAGAGGAAUGCGAUCCACGACCAGGUCACAAGGAAAUAGGUUCCAUACAUAUGCGAGCUGCACGCGGGAUGAUACAUGCUCGCGGUGGUCCCGCUGCAUUUGCAAACACUCGCAUCGGAAUGAUGAUCAACUGGCAAAACUACAUCUUGCCAGGAUAUGAGACCCACGGGCCCAACUUCUUCUACGAAUAUGACCAGGUCCCUGUCUCAUCUGAGUCUUCAGCCCCUUUACCCCAGCCUACCCCAGUUCCCCACACCAUGCCAUCUCCAUCAUAUUCGGCCUCCUCGGCCGUCUCAGAAGUUUCGCCCAGUCCUGAACCUCGAACAAUGCUCCCACACCCACAAUCAAGUCCAGUAGACGAGAUUAAAUUCCAAUGCGAAGAAUUCCUCGACUUUCUUCGACGCUGUGAGCAACUUGCUUUAUACCAACGCGACAACCCCCAAUCAUCGUUCAUUACCCGACACACCGCGGUUCAAGAAACAUCCAUCCUCAGCCAAGUCCUCACAGCGCCCCCAGGCGCUCGAUUCCCAACACCAGGCGACCGAAAACAAAUCACCACCCGCUUGACAGUGUUGAUGUCGCUCAAUGCCGCGAUGUGGGAUUACCGUAACACCCCAGCCCGCGCAGCAAUUUUCCUCGACACCCUCGAGAAAUCCAUGGUCGACAGCGAAGUCGGUAUGACUGGCUCCGUCGAAGCCAUGCUUCAAAUCCUGCUUGAAUGCAGUGAUGGCACUCUUGAUGGCUGGUCCACCAGUGCUGACGCUUCUGCUGCUGCAGCCCCAGUAGAGGAAGUCGCAGACUUCUCUCAGUACUUCCCGACCGCUAGCUCGCCCUCUGCGCGCCCGUGGUUUGCGGGUCGCAUGCUGAAGAUUGCUAGUCGGUUGAGUGCCUUGUCGUGGUACCGUGUUAAUGAGUUUUUGUUCUCGUGUUUGACUCUCCAGGUGCAGGAGCCCUCGACGGCUCUCUGGGAGGCGGAUCUUCGUCGGGAGAUUCUCGAUCAACCUACUACCUAUGUUAUGCGCUAA